GUCAUUUCGCUUGUCAGUCAGGGCACGGAUAGGCAUAAUACAGCAGCCACACACGCAGUGUGCAGUUCGACGGUGACACGCGCGCGCGCCAUAGGGAGGAAAAGGGCUUGUGCUGUGGGGAUGUUUUCUUUUCCCUCGGAGCACCAGCGGAAAAUAUAGUGUAGUGUGUGGCGAAAAGCGUGUGUAGGCAGCGCAAGGUUUUGCGGAAAACGAAAGUGUCGUGUGUCCCCGGGGGUACGUUCUUAGAUUCUUUUCUCAUUCCGUGUACGUGCGUGUGUGUGUGUGUGUUUAGUUGGUGUGUUCACUAAAAGCUUCUCCUUCGGUGUGCCGUCACACAGGCGGGGGAUGCACCUGGAGAACGCAGUUGCUUCGAGACUAAAAGGUUCGAUAAUAGAUAACCAAGCGACGGUGUGUGUGUGUGGUGCUGUUUUGUGUUGUGUGAACCCUGGGUUCUUCAAUCGUGAAUUUUGCAGUGAACGCAAAGAGUACAUCACCCAAAUGCUUUCGUUUGAGGCUGACACAAACCUGCUGCUGCACCACCGUCGUAAUCAAUAAGUUGUUACUGUUUGCCCUGUUGUCCUUUUCGUUUUGCUGUUGUUUGCAAGCUUAAUGUACACUGAAUGUUUGUCACUGUGAAAUGAAAACAGAGUUAGCUGCUGAAUGGAACACACCGGACGGAGCGUCUCGAUGGCAACGGCAAUGAGAUACAGCAGCAACGUCACUUACCGCAAUACCGAAAGGCAUCGACUGGACCUGGUGUGAAUGCGUCCAACGGCAAUCCCCUUUCAAUCCACACCACACGCAACAAAACGCAACAGAAGCUUGUCCAAGUCCUCCAACCCCACAAGCGAGAAAAGGGAAUGAUCGUAUCGAUCGCUCCGGCAGCAGUCGUAAUCUGUGAUACACGCGAGGAAGCGACCACACGUCGAGCUUAGCAAAGGAAAGCCAAAGGAAAGCAAAAUGUCAGCCGGCGGUAACAUAUACGCCAUCAGCAUGGAGCGGUUCCGUGCGAAGGUGGUAAACGUGCCGCUCGGUGGAGCGGGUGGCGGCGGUGGUAGUGGCAGUAGCAGCAGCAGCCUUAUGUCCGAUGCGGCCGCUACCGGGUCACCGAUGGGCGGCCCACCCCCAACGGAACCGCUCGCGAUCGACGAUCGUGUCGAGAUCGAGCCCGGCAUGACGCUGCAGAUCGUCGAGCAGCCGUCGAGCAAGAUCGCGCUGAUCAAGGUGAAGGAUUUUAACGGCACGUCGAACGGGAGCAACAACCGUCUGGGUGCACCGAACAGCAGCGGCAGCAGCGGGAUGGUGGCGGCCAGUGCCCCGGUUAGCAAUCCGUACGAGAACCGAGUACUGCAGUGCCAGUCGGCCCACCUGCAGCGCAUCCCGUCCGACAUUUGGCCGUACCUGAUCGCGAUACUGGAUCCGCUGGAGCGGUGCGAGUUCGCCAAGCGGCCGAAGCUGUUCGGCUCGGUGAAGCAGCUGCGCGUCGGCGACAUUGUGAUGGUUUCGUGGCUGGCCAAGAACCGGCACGUGACGUACGAUUGCAUUAUACGGUACGUCGGGCCGGUGCCGAAAAUUGGACCCGGCUACUACUUUGGACUGGAGCUACUGAAUUUAGACAAUGGUGAAUCACCCCAAAAGGACGACAUCGAUUUCGUGUCCGAGUAUAUGAACUGUGAGCCCCGGCUGGCGUUGAUUGUGGCAGCGAACUGGAUCAAGUUUCCCGAGCACGAGUCGUCCGGCGGCAAGCAGCAGCACCACCACAAGCGCAACCUGCUCGACAGUCUGGUGUGCGGUGCGCGGGAUCUCAACAAUCGGUUGUCGCGCCGAACGGGAAGCAGUAAACACUCGGCCGACGACAACAGCUCGAGCAAGGGCGGACGGAGCGGAAAGGGCGGCGGCGCGAGCAACGGCGAAUACCCACCGUACGCCCGUUCGUACACGCCGGACCUGACGAGCAGUGGGCAGGCGGGCGCGGCGAACCGAAAGUCGACCGACAUCGGCACACUGUACGAUAGCUUCAGCUGUCUGCAGAUGGAUCCGGCCGGGACGAAGGCGAUGCACCAACACAAGAAGAUUGCCGCGUCCAUCUCGAGCCCGAACCUGUCGAAGCAGGACAGCAGCAGCAGCACCGGCAGCUCGGGCCGGUACGUGACCAGCCAUCCGAUGGAAAGCUACGGCGAUGAGUAUCAUCGCUUUGUGGAUCAGCACAGUGCCGGCCAGCAGCAGCAGCAGCAGCAGCAGCACCAUCAGCAUCACCACCAUCACCAUCUGGCGGACGGGGGCGAUGCGUACCGCAGCUCGGGUAGGAGUUCGCAGAACAGCUCGAACUCGAGCACGCUGAAACAUUCCAAGGCACGGGCGGCGGGCAAGGUGGCCCGCUCCACCGGGUCCAACUCGUCCGUCAACAGUGCGGGUGGAGGUGGAGGAGGAGGAGGGUAUCAUUCGGUCAGCAAGCAGAGCACCAUUCUGAGCCUACCCGACCGGGAUGUGGUGGUGAUCGAUUCGAACGAAAUCGACGAAGCGAUCAAGAGUGCGAGCGAUGUGAUCGUGGUCGAUCCGCCGCCAGUCCUCAGCCCCACCGACAACAGGGAGGUGGAGCUGAUGGAUCUGCUGGGCAGUAGCAGCUGGCCGGCGGAGGCGGGCGAGGUCGCGGCCAUACUGUUCGGAAGCGGCAGCAGCAGUGAUAAGAAAACGCAAACGCCACCGUCAUCGAUGGCGCUCGGGGCGUACGGCAAUGGGGCGGUGGGCUACGCGACGAGCGGUGGCAGUACGAGCAGCAACAGUACGGCGAACAGUGGCCACAGCUACCACAGCCACAAUGGUAGCAGCGCGUCCGGACGGUACGAGCGGAACAAAUCGCUCAAUCCGCUGGCACACAUCGGGAUGACGAAGCAGCAGGGCGAAACGGUUGCGUCGGGUGUGCGCAAGGGCGGCAGGGCGGGCGAUGCUAAGCCGGCCACCGUCGAUGUCGCCACAAUGACGAAGCUGAACGAUGGAGCGGCCAUCACGACGAACGGCAGCAUCGGCCCAGCGGACGGCACGAGCCACCCGACCGCCAACGGUUUAGUGCCCCGCAUCGGUUCCAUAUCGCCCGAAUCGGACAGCGGUGGACCGGCUUCCUCGCCGCUGCAGGAGCUGCCGAACGACCCAUCGCUCGGCGUCGGCUCGAUGGUGGAGGUAACGCUGGACGGUGGUGCAUUCGAGCCGCCGGGGACGGCAACCGCACCACCCGCUACUGCGACCGAUCCACUGCUGUACGGUGUGAUACGCUGGAUUGGACCACUGCCAACCAUCGGGGGCGGCAACCAUCGGAAGGUGAUGGUCGGCGUGGAGCUGGAGGAUGAACCGAUCGAUCCGACGCUCGAGACGACCAACGGCACCCACAACGGUGUGAGGUUAUUCAGAUGUCCGGCAAAUCGUGCAAUAUUUGUGCACACGAGCCAGUGCAGCCGGGACCGGCGGUUCCAGGACAUUCCGCCAAUGUCGCCGUGCAGCUCGCGAAUGACGCCGGCUGCCGGCGGUGGCAGCAAAACCGAUACCAACAUGUUCGGCAAGGUGGACUGUCCGGUGGUAAAGGGCAGGGUGCCACCGUUGAAAAUUCUAAAGCUAGAGGAAUUGGAAGAAAUCUGCGGCAAGUUCAAGGGUAUACAGGGGCAUCACAAUUCCUGCUACUUGGAUGCAACCCUGUUCGCGAUGUUCACCUUCACCAGCGUGUUUGAUUCGUUGCUGUUUCGGCCUAAAGAGCCGGAGGACAAUCCUCAGUAUGAAGAGGUGCAGCGUGUGCUGCUGGAGGAGAUCGUGAACCCGUUGCGAAAGAAUCACUUUGUGCGAGCGGAUCGUGUGCUGAAGCUGCGCCAACUGCUCGACCGGUUAAGCUCCGUCACGGGGCUAAUGAGCGAAGAGAAGGAUCCGGAAGAGUUCCUGAACAGCUUGCUAGCGCAGAUCCUGCGUGCUGAUCCGUUUUUGAAGCUAAGUUCCGGACUAGACACGUUCUACUAUCAGCUGUUUGUGGAAAAGGACGAACGUUUGAACCUGCCCUCGGUACAGCAGCUGUUCGAGCAGAGCUUUCUGGCGUCCAACAUCAAGCUGAAGGAGGUGCCGUCCUGUUUGAUUAUCCAGAUGCCACGGUUCGGUAAAAACUUCAAGAUGUACCCGCGCAUCCUGCCCUCCCAGGUGCUGGACGUGACGGAUAUCAUUGAGGAUUCUCCCCGUCAGUGUUGGGUGUGCGGCAAGCUGGCCGAGUACGAGUGUCGCGAAUGCUUCGGCAAGAUGCAGUGCGAAGGACUGGAGGGUACGGCCAUCUGCAAGAGCUGCAUCGACAGCGUGCACCAUCACAGCAAGCGGCUGAACCACAAACCGGUCCCGCUGUCGGUGCCGCAAGACUUCAUCCCGAUGGCACCGCACUGCGAGGUGCCCCGGCUGUACAUGGAGCUAUUUGCGGUCGUGUGCAUCGAAACGUCCCACUACGUAGCGUUCGUGAAGGCCGCCUCCGGUCAGGAUGCUCCCUGGUGUUUCUUCGACUCCAUGGCCGAUCGUAAUGGUGAACAAAACGGUUAUAAUAUUCCAAAAAUGGUCCCCGUGCCGGAUCUGCCCCGCUGGCUGACGGAGGAAGGCUCGCGGGCGCUGAACGAGGAGGCGGUCAACGACAAAAUGUUACCUGAGCAUGCGAAGCGAUUGCUGUGCGAUGCGUACAUGUGCAUGUACCAAAGUACCGACGUCAUGAUGUACCGAUAAAUGAGACCAAGGAGCCACCGCGUGUGAGUGUGUCCUGCUUCAGGCAUUGAUUGUGUGCAAUGUAAAGAUUUCUAUCGCAAAAAAAUGAAACGCGUUUUGCUUCACCAAACCUGGAUGAUGUUGCAUUGUGUUUGAAGAAUGGGUCUAGGUUUAGAAAUAAGGAAGGUCCCUUCCAUCCAGCGGAGGCUGGAACGAGACAGUGCAGUGCGAGAGACAUUUGGACCAAAGCGGAAGUUGGUUUAAAGAUUUUACAGUUAAAAGUGGAAGAAAGCGGACACACACACAUUGAGAUUUGUGUGCGGCGACGAACGAAGGUCCGUUUCAUUGUUGCAGAAAAGGUUUUUGUUUUUGGAAGGUAGAAUAACACACACACACACGUACACAAACCUAUAUUUCCAUCAAACCUUACCUUAACGUGCUGCUUUUUCUUCAACACAGAAUUUUGGGGUAGAAGAAAACGGGAGCGAAACAAACCAACUUGCUUGCGUGUUAAAGGCCGUUUGCUAGUGCUAAGCCUCUGGUUAAGAGUUCUUUAAUAAAGUUUAGAAAAUUUAACAAAGCGCGAAAGAAAAGCGCAAGUCUCGAAACAGGAGAUAGAAGAGUAGUAUAGAAGAAAGAAAAGCCGAAUUAGGCGGAAAGCAGACGAACAAGAAUCUAAGAGAGAAUAUACUUAUACAACUAUACAUAUAUAAACGAAUGAAAUGAAAUAAUAUAUAUGUAUACUUAAAUAUAUAUAUAUUAUAUAUAUUUAUAUACAUUAUACAAGUAGGAAAAACAAAACAAUUGGCAAUCGAACCUGUGUGUUGGAGGGGCUGGGGGCAAGGUGGCCUCAGACACACCGUCGUACUUUAGAAGUAGCGCAGGAGGUAAGGCAGACGGGCGGGAACGGAUAGGAGCUAACUUACUACGCAGAGCGACAAAAAAUUGGCCGGGAAAUAGAGGAUAGUUCUUUAUGAUGAUCAUGAAGAAAAAUGGCAAAAUGAGCUACAAUUAAUGCGAAAAAUGAGGAAAAAAAACACACACACAACACACACUUGUCCCAAGGCGCUAAUCAAACUUUCCGAUAACGUCUGAUUCAUACAGCCUGGAGGAGUCUGUGAAACUGUUUGCAAUAAUAGAGAAGUAAAGUAAUAGGGCAAAGAAAAAGGCAUACUAUUUAACAAAAAAAAAGGUAGAACCGAACGGUUUUGAGUAACUAUAAACAAGUGUUAAGUUCCGUGGUUAUCUGCUUUCCUAUCGGCUUUUGCAAAGUGAAAACUAUGAAGCGGAUAACGAAACAAUGCGUAACAGGGGAAAGGGAGAAUAUAGAUGGAAAAGACGAAGGAAUUAUAAAUUAUUUAAAAAAAAAAAAUACACACGCACUGGUUUUACAGGGUUUUCCAGGAGUUCUCCUAGCUGUGGCAUACUUUAUUGAUUUUUUCUUGAGUGAAAUUAACUUAAUGUAAAGGGAAUUGGACUCUAUAGCAACCUUGUUGAAAAUCCAAUAAGAAUUUCAUUGGAACCUGUCCGAAAAGGGUGCCAUAGAGUCCAAUUUCCAUCAUAUGAAGUUCACUUACCCUUAAGAAAGACUUGAGGAAGUGUUCCACAACUAUGAGAAACCCUGGAAACCCUGUAUUAUCACUUUUUUGUAUCAGCGCAGUGUUUUGUUAGGGUAACCGAGUGGCGAUGCCAGUAUUUUGAUUGCAGUUAGUUAGUAAAGUUGACCAUAAUUAAGCUUCUACUUAUCCCUCUCAUUUUGAUUAUCUGUCGAAUUUUAGUCUGCUUUUAAGUUCAAUAAACCUCUAGACUUUUCCCGAAACACUGAAUUUAACACAUUCAAACUGAAGGAAACGUUCAAUGAACGAAGCUUUCUAGGCGAAUUUAAAAAAAAUGCCAUACCAUGAAGCAAUACUCCUCCCACUCCAUUCCACACCUGCACGCACCCUGUGCACUUAAAAACAAUGAAUGCUCGGUGCUGUUGUAUAAACAUUGUUUCGUUCCAUUUAGCGACAAAACAAAAAGAUCAUCGAUGAGUGACCGCUGUGCUUUGCUUACCCUUCUAAUAUGUACCAAAAAGAAUAUGUUCCCCAAAAAGAAAAGCUGUUUAGUAGUAACCUGUAGAAAAUUGAAGCAAAUUGUAGCUGGUUGGGACACAAUCCCCACUCUCCCUCUCUUUCUCUCCCAUAGCGAUAGCUAUUGUUCGUUGCGCAACUGGAAGAAGUGUAUUGCGUCAAAACUGUUUACGUGUGAGAUAGUCUUAGCAACGAACGCGGGUCCGCGAAUGCCGCCGUCGACUGUUUUUUUUUCGAGCAUAAUGUAAACACACUAUAGUAGGCUUUGAAUGUUUUUCGAUCGCAUUUCGGUGAGUUGGCUUUAGAAGCUUUAGUGAAGAUAAAAGGUGAGGACAAAUUACAAAUACUUUUCUUAAUGGAACCGAGAAUUUGUAGAAUGGUGGAAGCCACUUUUUUACAGAAAAGGAAGCGAACCCAACCCGUGUUAGACGUGUCAGAAAGGAAACGUUAAAUAGAAUGGAAGCAUCAUCACGCCCUCUGAUACCUGAGCCAAGAGACAAGACAAAUACAUUCGUAACGAAGCAAAUUUAAAGCAAAAACCCCACACAAACACACAAGCUAAGUACAUUAAAAUAUUAGAAAAUUCCUUACCUCCUUCCGCUAAAACUUUAGAACGCGUUACUAAAAAAAAACCACAUGAAUUUAGCAUCCAACCAACGAAUUGGUUUCUCGAGGUUUUCAAAGCCGACUACGACCGGAAACGGAGAGAAGCCGUGUGUGGCGCGCGAUGUGGCGUUGUGAAGAAAGUGUCUUGGAGCAGACGGCGGGUGGGGGAGAAGUUUUUGCUCGUGUUUCUCACUCUCUCUUGCUCUCUCACUGUCUGACUGUCUGUCUCUGUUUCGGUGUACAAACACACAUUUCACACUUUUUCUAUGGAAGCCGGCCGGUGAGGAUUUGUUAGAACAAACAAUAACAACAACAAAACCUAAUUCGGGACAAAUCUAAGAGAUAGAGUAGUAAGUUGUAUGCGCUUAUGAUAGAUUCACGUGUAGCACGGAGCGUAAUAUAUCUGAACGAACGAACGAACGAAGUACAACAAAGGUAGGCGAAGGGACGAACAAUGCAAUAGCUGUGUGUGUGUGUAAGUACCCACACCCACACACACACUACACACCUGUCUUAUGCAUAUUUCACACAAACACACCUACUGGAUGGCAAUAUUCUAGUUGCUAAUUAUAAUAGAGUAAAGUUUAAACAAAAAAAAAAAAUCCGGAACCCUAUUCAUCUACUACUAGAAUCUUCCGCUACGUUUCCCUUACCUGCCAGUAACCCUUUUCGAUACCUGAUGACCUGAGAAGAAGUAAGGAAAAAAGAAACAACAAGAAAGCACCUAUAAACUUAGUUUUUUGUUUGUUAAUCCCAUUUGGAGGACAGGACGAUAGCGUGUGUUAACUUUGCAGGAGAAAAUAAAUGCUUUUAAAGCGCACUUUACCCCUACACAAGGCUUAAGCGACGAACACCAUUUGCAGGGAGGGAGAGUGUUUUCUGCCCCCGGUAUCUAUGCGUAGUAGCCUACUGCUGGAGGGAAAAGGAAACAGUAGUGUAAAACAACCUCUCCUCCCCGGUAAGAAGGGGAGACAUGAUAGCAGGUUUGUGUCUCCGUAUCCUUGCAGUUGCGGGCGGGCGGGUGAUAAACGCAGGCAUUAAACUACUACCUAUUUACGAAGUUUUUUUUUUUGCAACUGGAGAGAUGGGAUAAACACGCUUUCUCCUUAGUGCGAAAUAAAAAUGUAGAGAAACCAAACUAUUUGAAAAGAAAUUUAGACAGUUUAGCAAGAAAAAACUAUUGGCCAAAA